GACCAGCUCCUCCAUUGAUAGGAGGUCCUCCACUCUCUCCUAUUGCAUUAAUGGAUAUACCAGAUGAUAGACCAAAAGUAUCUGAAUUGAUAGAGUUUCAUGAGUUAUUGAUCAAAGGACAACUGGAGGAGUCUCUGCUACUGCUUGAUGCUGAUACUAUAAGAAAGAUUAAAAAUGCUGUUAAUGAUCAUGAAGGAAUGUCUCUUCUUAUAAGAGCAUUUGAAGAACAUCCAACACUGCUACAUGAAAUGAGAGUAGCUACUGGAAAAAUAAAAGGUUCAUCACAAAAGAUGCUAAAGUCUCCUCCCCCAGUAGCACCUAAGCCAAGAUCAUUAUCACAAAGUGGACAAUCUCAACCAUUGACAACAGCAAAAGAACCACAACCACUAUCACAAACCACAAAACCUCCACCAACUGCACCUAAACCAUGUCGACCAUCACUAACUACACAACCUCCUUUAGAAGCACCUAAACCAUACCAACCAUCAAUAUUGAAAAAACCUCCACCACCAGCACCUAAGCCAAGUCGAUCUCAAGAUUCCUCAUCAGCUCCACAUGAUCCAACAGCAACA